AGUUUUUCUUGUUCCUAUAAAGAGCGCACACAUCCGGAGCGUCACCAGUAGCUGGUCUCACGAAUUUCGGUUCCGUUUGCGGUCGUCUCUUGUAGCCUACGUAACACAAACAUGUCUCAAGCGAGAGUUACGGAUUUUUUUACUCAAAGAAAGAAAACGGUGGGUAAACCCGCAAAAACAGCCACGCUGCACGCCACCAUCAAAGACGGCUCGUCCACCACUCACAAGGAGUUUGUCCGAGUUAUCGAUGAAGCUGCAAGUAUUCAUGAUGCUGGAUGCGUCGCGGGAAGCCCUGAUAAAGACUUCUUGACGCCGAGGACACCGAAGCGGAACUCGUCCGAAGCUCAGAUAGCUGAGCAGUCCACCGAAGCCUUUCAUUCAUCAGCCAAAACAAGAAGGCAAGCGACAAGGGUCAAAAAGGCAACUAUCAGCAAGAAAACAACACAGAAGUCUGUUAGAAAGAAGCUAGUUCUACAGGACGAGCCUCCCCGGGACCUUUGUAAAGUGGAUAUAGCCUCGCUCAAGUCUCGGAUUGGGAGGAUCAGACAUGCUGAUGACACUGCCGUUCCCACUUGUUCUGAUGAUGUAACCCCAGCUGUUCCCAUAACCACCACGCCCCUGUCAACUGACACAAGUCCCCUAAACGCCUCUGUAGCUCGAGCCAAAGACCUAGCAACCAAAGCUCUGAGAAGGAAGGAAGAGGGGUUUGUCAAGCAGGGGGAGACACCACCUCACGACAGCACCAGGCAGCCAGCGUAUCAGCGAUACCACACCCUCGCUCAGUCAGGCCCCCCCGGGCUCUCUUUGCCAUACCAGUACAAGGUUCUGGCUGAGAUGUUCAGGAGUAUGGACACUGUGGUCGCCAUGUUGUACAACCGCUGUGAGACUGCCACGUUCACUAAAGUCAAGCAGGGAGUUCAGGACAUGAUGCGCAGGCGCUUUGAAGAGAGCCACAUGGGGCAGAUAAAGACUGUGUUUCCUGAGGCAUAUACAUUCAAGCAGGAGAAGAACAUCCCAACCUUCAGCAGUGGUGUUCCCAAGACCAGCUACCAGCUCACCGUGGAGCCCCUUACUGAAUCUGAUCAAAAUGAAGCCCGACCCCUUCUGUCAGCUUUGCAUCUCCUGAAGAGACGGUCCAUCUUCCACCAGAACCUGGUUUCUAUUGUCAAGCAGCACCAUCAGGUCUUCUUGUCCUCCUUGGUUCCUCCAGUUUCUGUUCCAGAUGACAAGCUAAACCGCUGGCACCCACACUUUAAUGUGGACUCUGUACCAGCUGUCCAGCCCAGCUUGCUGCCCCAGGUCCCAGUUACAGAGAAGCUAAUUACAGCUCGGGAGGUUCUGGACAAGGCCCGUUCACUCUUAAGCCCCAAGAUGGAGAAAGCUCUGGUUACCUUAGCAUUAAACACAGGCGACACACCUGCAGAUGUGCUAGGGAGUUGUCCAAACCCAACAGAACCCCCCGUGGCCCAGGUCCCAGCUUCCCUGAAGGGAGUAUCCCAGACUCUUCUGGAACGGAUACGAGCAAAAGAGGCCCAGAAGCUGCAGGCAGCCAUGACCCGGAAUCCCGCUCAGGAGGAGCGUCUGCUGAUGAUGUCGAGGCUCGGCGAGCUUGCCCGGAUCCUGCGCAGUGUGUUUGUUGCAGAGAAAAAAGCAGCUUUAAUCAUGGAAGUGGUGUGCAACCGGAUGGUAGCGAGCUACAGAUCCUCUCUCAGCACAGGUGAAAUGGAGAAACACAUCCAUCUACUGGCUGAAGUGGCUGCGGAUUGGCUGACGAUUCAUCCAAUAAGGAAGGAUUUCUACCUGAAGCUGAACAAGAAAGUGGAGCUCAGCGUUGUUCUGGAAAAGCUCUCCCGCAGACUGAAGGAGGAGGAGGGGGUCUUAGACAUCCCCUAGAGCUGCAUGUUCUGAGCCUCCAUGUUUCCUUGAUUUUUAUAUAUUUGUUUUUUAAAAUUUUUUUUUUAUUUUUUGGCUGACUGACUCCUAGAGGAAUGGAAACUACGUAAUUGGAGACCAAGAUGGUUCUCCUGUGGUGUUGGAUCUGGUCUUCUGUUAGGGAUCUGUUUUUCACAAUGUGGAUUAUUGUAUUAAAAAAAUUGCAUUCAUGAUAA